AGAGGCGUGACUGGACAUAAUCAGAUUUUCUGUGUUAUACUGACACCUUGUGGCGAGUAUUGUGAGACAGAGGAAGAGAGAGGCGUACAGGAAGUCAUACUUUACCACAGAGAGCAUGAAAACUUCAGUAUUUGCUGUCUUCUGAAGAAAUCAUACUUGAUGACUACUUGACAAUAUGUACUAAACAUUUUAGAUCAGUUUAAAAUGUGUAUUUAGGAGUUUCAGUGGGAAUUGAGAUAAUUUUAUUUGCACGAGUGACUUUCAGCUGAAAACAAAGGAUGUCGCUGUGAUGUUUGUGGUUAAUAAUAGGCGUGAAUAGAAUUCAGAGAAGUGUAAAAAAAACAACCUGUAGCUUCCGCUCACGUCCUCAAAUCACGUCACACCCACCGGUUAAAAAAAGAUCUACUCUGAGACUGCACUAAGAUAAAAUACUAACUUGUAUUUUUAGAAAGAGUUUUGGUUUUAGUUCUGCCUUCUUUCAAUUCUGUCUCAGCUGAAAAUAAAAAUCAGUUUAUCGAAAAUUGAAAUUAAAAAAUUUGUCACAGAUUAGUGCAAUACAUAUUUGAGACAAUGUUGACUUAACCUCUAUCUUACACACACUUAGAAUUGUAGUUGGCUUUUCAGAUUCAGAUUACUUUAUUGUCCAUUAGAUUUGCAUAAAAUGGAAAUUUGUCUUUGGCACUGGCAUAUAACACGCACACAUACUCAAGUGUAAGGUGUGCAUGUGUGGGCGGGAUUGUACAAGUCAACGUUCUUCUUUGUUGUUUCAUUUCCCUAAACCCUACCAAUCGCUUUCGGCAAAAUUCAGCACUUAAAAUUCAUGUUGAGAACAGAGUGUGGUUGACCAACACAUUUCCUGUUACACAGAGAAAAGCAAACGUCAGACUAACAAGAAAACUGUUGUCCUGAGGUUAGAAAUGAGAUUGUCGCAUACGCCCAUCGUUUCUGCCGUCUAUUUCCCUUAUUGAACUUCAAUACACAGCAGAUAUAUGACUCGACUCAGCAGCACAGCCUCUACAUGUGCAGGCCAAUGAAAAAUGUGGCUUGUCAAGGUCUUCAGUGUCAUAUGUUUCACUACUGUGUGUGCAGCUCAAAUUGUCACCACCGUUCCUCCAACCACUCCUCUGCCGACGACUACAGAGAGUACAACUGUCUAUGUGCCUCCUGUACCAUCUCUGCAGCUACUGUCAGCCUGGUUGGAUGUGUUCCCUUCUGAGAAAGUGAAGUUAAGUUGUAGUGUCACUGACAGCUCCGACUGGACCUUCACCUGGUAUAGAGAUGAACAAAAACUACCAGAUCCAGAUCCAAAUGUGUCUUUGUCUGCAGAGGGCUCAGAUAUUACAAUCACUGCAGCAACACCAACAUAUACUGGAAGUUAUUCCUGUAAAGGUCUUCACAAAACAAAGGGCGUUACCACUGCAGCUAGUAAUUCAGUCAAACUCACAGUCAAUGCAAACAAACCCAAACCCACUUUGACCCGCAGUUCAAACUUUGACACGAUGUACCCCGGAGAGUCCGUCACCUUCACGUGCAAGGUCGAUGUGUCCUCUGGAUGGGUUUAUCUAUGGUACCAGGGAAAUCAAAUUAAAGCAUCUAGUGGUAAUACUUACACCGUAGCGUCUCUAGACCAUCCUGACAGUGGACAGUACCACUGCCAAGCCAAGAGAGGCAAAGAUCUAUUCUACACAGAUGCGAGUGACGCAACAACUCUGCAGGUGUCUGACCCACCUAAACCAUCUCUGAAGCUGCUGAGUCCUUGGUCAGAUGUGUUCGAAGGCGAGACGGUGGAGUUUGACUGCGAAUUCAACAGCAAUGAAUGGAUCUUCACCUGGUACAGAAAUCAAGAGCAGCUCAAGGAGGACCAGACCGAGGAUGCAGUGGACUCAUUUCUCAACAUCACAAUGAACACUCAAACCCUUCAAGGAGGCUAUGCCUGCAAAGCUUACCACGAAUCCAGGAAAUUCAGCUCUGGAAUCAGCAACACAGUUGAUGUCACGGUUUAUGAAAACACACCAAAACCAACAGUGAGCAAGGUUCCUGGUUUUAAUCCGAUGUAUGUUGGAGAAACCGUGAAUUUCAAUUGCAAAGUUGAUGUGUCCUCUGGCUGGGGGUAUCAGUGGUACAAAGAUGGAUUUGAGCUCUCUACUACCAGCGAAUCCAACAGCAUCCGUCUUGCUCUUUCUGAUCGGGGGAAAUACUGGUGCAAGGCCACCAGAGGUGACAUAGUAUCAACAGACUUCAGUGAGAAAAUACCACAAGAUGUUCUUGAAAUUCCCGUUCCAUCUUUGGAGCUGAUCACACCGUGGUUGGAUGUGUUCCCCACUGAGAGUGUGAAGUUGAGAUGUGGUUUGGGCAAUAGCUCUGACUGGACUUACACGUGGUACAAACAAUUACAGGAGGUCCAAGCUGAUAAUGUUGUGUCUUUUGACUCGAAUAGAGCUACUCUUUCCAUCAGCUCUGCUGCAGUUGUUCAUGGAGGACAAUAUAACUGCAUGGGACACUUGAGCGACAGGUCUGUCAGGAGCAACUCUAGUUCUGGACUUACUCUCGAAGUAUAUGAUAAGAAACCCAGAGUCUUACUAACACAGGAUCCAGAGUACCAGGUGAUGUUCUCUGGAGAGUCCGUUGCCUUUAGCUGUCACAUUAAUGUCUCUAGUGGGUGGGAGUACCUGUGGUACAAAGAUGGCAAUCCAUUUACCGCAUCUGGAAACAAGUAUCCCAUCAGCCCUGUUGGAACAACAAAUACGGGAUCAUAUACAUGCAAAGCAAAAAGAGACAGCCUUGAUCAAGCCUUCCUCACUGACUCCAGUCAGGCUAAACACCUUGAAGUUAAAGAGAACAAGCCUAGGCCCUCGAUGACUCAGCAGCCAGGUGUUAACAAGGUGUACACUGGAGAGUCUGUGUCCUUCAGAUGUAAAGUUGAACUCUCGUCUGGUUGGGAGUAUCACUGGUACAAAGAUGAAACAGAAGUCCUGACCAAUAACAGCAGUUUUAACAUCCAUAAUGCCAGUUUAUCAAACAGUGGGACUUAUAAGUGUAUGGCCACAAGAGACAGAACCAUGUACAAUACAGACCACAGUUAUGGAUGGCUCUUGGGCGUAUUGGAAAUUCCCGUUCCAUCUCUGAAGCUGAUCACACCGUGGUCAGAUGUGUUCCCAACUGAGAGCGUGAAGAUGAGCUGUGGGAUGGACGGCACCUCUGACUGGACAUAUACAUGGUUCAAAGACGGAGAGCAGGUAAUAGAUAAUACUGUAUCUUUUGGCUCGGAUGCAGCUACUCUCUCCAUCAGUUCUGCUUCAGCCUCACACCGUGGACAAUAUACCUGCAAAGGAAGACUCAAGAGCCGGUCUGUCAAAAGCGACUUCAGUGUUGGACAAACACUUCACGUUUAUGAUACAAAACCCACAGUCACACUGAUACAGAAUCCCAUACACAAUGUGAUGCAUACUGAAGAUCCAGUCACUUUUAGCUGUCACAUCAAUGUCUCUUCUGGAUGGGAGUACCAGUGGCACAAAGAUAACAGUCUCCUCGACGUAUCUGGAAACAAUUACACCAUCAAAUCAGUUGUGAUAACAAACACUGGAUCAUAUCAGUGCCAAGCAAAAAGAGGAACCGACACAGUCUUCUUCUCAGACAAGAGCCAGGGUGUGAAAUUCACCGUUGAGGAGCGCCCACAGGCUGAGAUAAUCCUGUUAACUGGCUGGUCCGAGGUCUUCUCCACUGACAGCUUGGUGCUCAGAUGUGGGGUGCAGGGAAAUCAGGACAGCUGGAACUACACAUGGUUCAAAGAUUGGACACCAAUCGAUCAUGUUCCCUCUGAGAAAUAUUCAGUCACACCCCAGAAUGACCCUAAUCAAAGCCCGUACACCUGCAAGGGCAUUCGCAACGGUAGACCAUCUUAUUCAAGAAACAGCGAUUCUUUCCAGACCAAGAACCUUCUUUUGAAGAGGAGGGUGCUUCUUUCCAUCUCUGGCUGUAUCUUCUUUGGCAUCAUCGCCGUCUUCCUUGGAUGCAUUGUCCUCAGAGUCAUUCGCAAACCAGCUGAUGGUGAAGACAGGCCAGAAGAGGCGGAGCUAUUUCUCACCAUGGCUCAGCUAAAGGAGCGUGAUGAUGCACCCUGUCCACUAAUUCAGUAUAUCACCGAUGCAGAACUGAAUGUUCCACCUAAAGAAGCCGACGAGAAUGGCACGAUUUGCAGUGAAACAACACCAUUACCAAUAACCACGCAGGAGGACCAAGCCGUGACGAGUGAGAGCAACGAUGCAACAGAAAACAACGGUGGGCUGGUUUCCUUUAAAUAAUGAGUCACUGAAGCUCUAUUUGCAUCAGUUCAGUAGAUACUUAUAGACUUGCUAGAGCCCAGUGAGGCUUUAAUGGACAUUUGGAUGUAUUAAAACUGGAGAGAGAAUCUCGCUAUAGUGUUUUGCAUACCACUAGCGGGGCAUCAAAUUCAAAGAUUUAACUUCUUUGUAGUGUUGGAUAAAAGUUGAGUAAAUUCAUUAACAUUCGUUCUCUGGGGUCUGUAAAUGUUUGUACCAAAUUUAAUGGGAAUUAAAAUAGUUUAGAUGAGAUAUGGACCAACAGACUGACAUUGCCAUAUAAAUGUGUACAUAUUUGUUCUGCACUGAACAUUACUUGGUAGCACAAUACUGUUAGAGUUGUACAUAGCAUUUUAUUUUAACAUCAUUGUAUUGAUGAACUGUUAAAGGCACUGUUAAAAUACGAAACAUUAUUUAUGUAAUCAUCAAUCAUAUACAUUGUUAGCUUUUUUCCUUAGUAGUUAUUAUAUGCACUGUACAUAUGUGUUGAUCUACAGGAUAAUUAUCAAUGUAUAUAAGUUACUGUUUCAACUCUUAGAGCAAACAGCUGGGGCCAGAUGUAUAAAUGAUGUGUACCCACAAAAAAACAUGAGUACGCCUUUUCCCACAUAUAAUUUCAACUUUAAUGACUGUGUUAUUAUUUUGCAGUCUACACAUCUAAUAAUUUUGAAUUUUCUAUUAGUUUUAAUUUGUAUUUUAUUUGUGACUUUUCGAUUUCAUUUUAGUUUAGUUUGUGUUUGCUAGUUUAAGUUGAGGCGAAACUCACCCAGUCCUACAAUGACAGAUUUAUAAAACAGAAUCAAGGAGAGAAUGCAUAUUUCUGUUUUUGCGUGUACACACUGUUUUAGUUGUGAAUUUUAUGCAUCUGGCCCAAGAUGUGAGUGAAUGUAAGUUAGUCUUCUCCAAAGCUUAUUCAAUAUUAAAUGUUUCAACAAUGAA